AACGACACGGCUUCCGCUGAAAACAAGCGGUUCAUCUUGGCGUCGCAAGACCGGCGCGUUCACUCAUUUAUUCUGUCUCCCUUUUCGAUUCUUGCCCUUCAUUUGGUACUAUUCUCUUGAUUACCCCAAUCCUUCUUUAUUUUAGCAUAUUUCUUUUACCUGGAGGAUGCUUUUAACAAGGACAGCAUGGCGCUCCGUGGUCGGCGGCGCGAGGACCCAUCGUGUUCUAGUUCCAAGAAUAUCAGGAUCACACAGGCAAUGGGCGAUCCAACAAAGACAAUUCUCAAGUGGACUGCCUCGGUUUUCUAAGGAUAAUGAUGCGACUACCAAAUAUGCCUCGGAACCGGACCCGGGCAGACCGCCGCCCCCAGAGCACGAUGCUGGUCCUUCUCUGCUCAGUAAAAUGGUGGAAGCGGCAGCCACCUCGUUAGCGUCUAUCCUCGUCCUCGGCGCGGGCUUUGGCCUGGCAGCUUAUGCUUACCAUAAGUCAUACAAGUACAUGGUGCUUCAAAAGAUGGCCAAUGCCUUUGAGCCCGGCGACCCGGUCCUUGAGUUGGCGGCAAUAGGCAAAGACCUCCCCCACCCGCACACAGCGGCAGCCACCCACUGGAUCGAGAGACCUGAGCAACCCACGGUCGACGACAUCAUCGCCGGUCGCAGCGGGGGGCACUAUCAUUUGUUCAUCGGCGAGAAGGGCACCGGCAAGAGCAGCAUGCUGCUGGAGGCUAUGCGCAAAGUGGAUGGGGACGGCGUGGCCAUGUUCGAGGCCCAUGCCGACCUCGAGAUCUUCAGGAUACGGCUGGGAAAGGCCCUUGACUACGAAUUCCAUGAGGAUUACAUUGGCGGGUACUUCAGCGAGCGCGGCCCGAGAGACACCACGGCGCUUCUCGACAUCGAGCGCGCCCUCAACAAGCUCGAGAAGGUGGCCCUCCGGAGGCGGGCCAAGGUCGGGCGCCCGCUCAUACUCAUUAUCAACCAGAUGCAUCUCAUUAGGGAUGAUGAGGACGGCAAGGACUUAAUUGAGCUUCUGCAGCAGCGGGCCGAGCAAUGGGCGGCGGCAAACCUCGUGACCAUGGUCUUCAACAGCGACGAUUACUGGAUAUAUGAGCGGCUGAAGCAGCUGGCCACGCGGAUGGAAGUCCUGACCAUCGUGGACUUGCCCAAGGCACAAGCGACGGCGGCACUCAAGAACUACCGGCAGCGGUACUUCCGCGAGACCCCGUCGUCUGAGCUGCUUGAGAUGGUCUACGACCGUGUCGGCGGGCGGCUUAACUUCUUGAACCGGGUGGCGAGAAGCGAAGACAUGCUCGCAACGUGCGACAAGAUCAAGGAGGUAGAAAAGACCUGGUUCUUGAACCAGUGCUGGAUUCUUGGGGAGGAGAUGGAUGACGAUGUGAUGGACCAGCAGAAAUGGGCGGCAGCGGCAGUCGUCCUAGCCGCCGCCCUCGUCGACAAGGAAGAAGAAAUGGAGACAACGUAUUGCCCGGAGAAGGGCCAUGUACUCCCCUCCUUCCCACUCCACAUAGCGCAACAGAUCAUGACGCGCUCUGACUUUGUGCGCGCCCUCGACCGCUUGAACCUCUUCAGUAUCACCAGCGAUGCCCAGGUGCGGGCGAGCUCGGUGCCCAUGCACCUCGCCUUCAAGGAGAUCGUGGCGCAGCCGGGCUUCCGCGAACACCUCCAGGCAACCAUCGACCGCAUCGCCGCCAUCGAGAGUCUGGGCCGCACGAGGGAGUUGGUAGCCAAGGACUUGGUCCUUGGCGGGAAGUACGAGAUCCGGAAGGUGCCGGGCGGCAUUGAAGUUACGUUGCAGGAGAAGAAGAAAGAUGAGGACGAAGGGAAGGGAGAUGAUAGGUAGGGCAGGGGUUAACUUGGGAGGUAUG